AUGGGGGGUAUGGACCGGGCUUCUGACUUCUUCUGCCUCUUGCUUCGUGCAGGCCAGUUCUCCUCCCAGGGCGAUGUCUGCCAAGAUGGCACACCCUCCGGAGACCAGCUGGCCACCCAACUCUUCAGAAACCAGCAGCUGCGAGACAUCUUGGUGCAGAAGGAGGUGGAGCUGGCCAGGCUGCAGGAGGAGAACCAGCAUCUCAGGCACUUCCUCAGCUCAGCCCUGGUCAAGCAGCUGGAGGAGAAGACCAAGAAGCUGCUGCUGCCGCAGGAUGGCCAGGACCUUGAUGGGACCUCCAAGACUGGCAAGAGGCACCGGAAGGCAGAGACCCGCGUUUCCCCUGAGGGGCGCCACCCGCCAAAGGCCAGGCGGAACCUCCUUGGUGACUUCUCUGCAUGCGAAGAGCCACCCAUCCCUCCCGUGGACUCCUGGGUCCUGCAGACGCUUGGGCUCAAAGACGUAGACACCGUGGACGAGUCAGCUAACUACAGUGCCUUGGCCGUGGGCCCUUCCCCAGACUCCUUCCUUUGGGCUCCCUUUGAGGGCCCAGACCUGGGCAUCUGCGAGGGUCAACCUGGGGUUGGCAGAAGUGCCACAUUGACCCCCCCAGCGGACAGCACUGCCAGCCCAAGAAAAGGGCCCUUGGCCUUCCCCUCGCCCUGCCAACUGCCUUGCUGCUCUGACAGCCCCUUGCCAGCCAAGAUGGACCUGGCCUUCACCACGUCCCUGAGCCCCCAUUGCAACGUGAAAACCCACACCUUCCGCCAAGGACAGGCUUUCGUGCGCAGGGAUGAAGACGGAGGGUGGAAGCUCACCUGGGUCCCCAAGCAGUCGGAAUGA